AUGAAAGAACAAGCUGAUAAGGAGAAAAAAGAUGAGAGAAUAGCAAAAGAAAGUGAAUUGGAGAUGCAAGAAUCUCCUAAUGAUGAAGAUGAGAACGCCGAUGAAAAAAUUCCUGAAAAGUUAGUUAUCAUGCAAGCAAAAGAAGUAGGAACACGGCAGUUGCGUUCUGGCAUCAAAAUAAUCAAAGACAGAAAAGACAGAAAGCCUGCAAAGAAACCAGAUUACACAUACCCCGAAGCACAUAAGAAAGGCCGAAAAAGAGCAAGCCAAAGCGAAGAUGAAGCAGCCAACAAAGAAAAGGAGGACAAAGAUACAUACCUUCAGUUGCACAUAAAAAUUUAG